AUGAACCGGUCGGCGCCCCUCGAGUGCGAUACGGACACGGGCGUACCCGACUCCGACAAGCUGUUCCGGUUCGUGGUGCAUGGGGUGCUGCUGAACGCGAUCGGCGCGGGUGGCCUGCUGGGCAAUGCGCUCUCCGUGCUCGUGCUCUCACGCCCGCAAAUGAGAUCUUCCAUCAACUGCCUCCUCGUCGGACUCGCCGGAUGCGACACUGUCCUCAUAUUCACUUCCAUUCUCCUAUUCGGUCUCACUGCCAUAUUCCCGUACUGCGGCGCCCUCAGAUACUACUACUAUCACAUAUGUCCACAUCUUACGCCCUACGCGUAUCCGAUUGCGAACGUGGCACAAACGAUGUCUGUAUACCUUACACUAAUAGUGACAAUCGAAAGAUGGGUAGCCGUAUGUCAUCCUUUUCGAGCGAGAGCUCUUUGCACAUCGUCACGAGCGCGCUGGUAUGUAUUGGGCACGGCGACGUUUGCCUUCGCCUACAAUACACCCAAGUUUUUCGAAGCGGAGGUUGUACCAGUGGGCAAUCCAGAGCUUGGCGAAGUAAUAUACUGCGUGCGAGCAAACGUCGACUUCCGCACCGAUAGAUACGUAGCGGUGUAUAUACACUGGAUGUACCUUGUGGUUAUGUACAUCGUCCCAUUCUCCGCAUUGGCAGCCCUCAACGCUUGUAUAGUCCGACAAGUACAUAAGGCUCAAGCUGAACGAGCACGACUCUCCCGGGUGCAGCGCCGCGAGCUCGGCCUGGCCACUAUGCUGCUCGUCGUAGUUCUCGUCUUCUUCCUCUGCAAUCUGCUCCCGCUGGUGACGAACGCCUUCGAAGUAUUCCUCGGGGACGCCUUCGACAACCUGGACCCACUCGUCAAAACGAGCAAUCUCCUCGUGACUAUAAAUAGUAGCGUUAACUUCGUGAUCUAUGUCAUUUUUGGGGAGAAGUUUAAGCGAGUAUUUUUGAAGAUUUUCUGUGCGGGACGAGUGCGCCCGCGGGGCUUACGGGACUCGCCGGAACACACUCGAGACGACUCAUUCGCUUCUUAUGGAGAGAGAAUGUCAUUGCGGCUAGCAAGGAACGGUACCUUACGUCGCUCCGAGAUGCGUUCGAUGCGUCCGGGCCGGCCGCGGCGGGCUUCCCCGGCGCCCACAGUGUACUACCCCGCACCCACGCCCUCUACAGACAUAUCCCUCGCGUCCACCGACGCGCCGCCCUCCGCCGUGCGGUGGAACGGAAAUUCCCGGCUUCAUUUC